AUUGAGCCAAAAAUAUCAUCAUUGUUGAAUGCUGAAAUUGGAUGAAAUGGGAGUUUAGUUCCGCUGCGACUCCGAAUCCGCCACUUCCUAUCUAGCUAUAAAUACCGACAGAUGCGCCCCAUCCGGGACGACCAGACACGCGAGGCAUCAGCUGUCUGCCAUAAGUGCAGAUAUAUAUUUAGAAAAGUGGUGCGAGCUAUCCGAAGUAAGCCGGAGACUACUUUCGGAUGCUGCUCGCAUGCUAGCAGUGCAGAGAGCAGCGUCAUGGAAUGCAGAAGUGUUCCCAUUCUGCCAACCUAUGCAGAGUCCUGUGUCCACAGCAGUGACUCGAAGAAGGCAUCGCUCUGCCAAACGCUCUUUCCAAAUAAGACGCUCAGAGAGACCGAUCCGGCCAUCAUCCUAAUAACAUUAGCUGUUGUCGUUGGCUCCUUUUGCCUGCUUAGCGGAUUUAUCUUGCUGUGCGCGGUAUCCAAAUCCUGGCAGGACGAAACAUCUGAGGCCGUACUGCUAAUGGGCAUUGGCUUCCUCAUCACAUCUCUAGCCUGUGUCACAUGGAAGUUGACGAAUGCGCAGCGCUUGGCUCAGUUACAGGAAACCAUUUCGAUUUACUAAAAAAUAUAUGUGUUAUCUCUUAUGCUCUCGAUAAAUUCAUUCAUAUUUAUUAAAAAUGAA